AUGCUUCAAUCAAAGUCAUUCCUUAAGCGCACAAAGAAAGGAAACGCGAUCAAAGUGGUUCAAGAACAUUAUUUACGUGAUGAUAUUUGGUGCUCGGUAGAGUGUUGCACACUUUGUUUGCAGACAGAACCUGUUUUAAGUACGUCUGCCUUGCUCACCAAACAAAUUCCAAGACCGCAUUACAUUGUACCAGACACCAAUGUUUUUAUGAACCAGAUAGAUGUCGUCGAACAUCCAGCAUUGCACGAUGUUAUUGUCAUGCAAACUGUUUACGAAGAAUUACGCCAUUUGAGUUUACCAAUUUACAACAGAUUACGCGCAUUAAUAAAUGAUCAGAAAAAACGGUUCUAUGUCUUUUCAAAUGAACAUCAUCGCGACACCUACAUUCAACGAUUGAAAGAUGAAUCACCAAAUGAUAGGAAUGAUAGAGCGAUAAGGUCUGCAGUCAAAUGGUAUUCUACACAUCUCAAGAAAAUAAAUAAAGAGAACCAUAUUGAAGUCGUGCUCUUGACAGAUGAUGUAGGAAAUCGUACAAAAGCUCAAGAAGAAGGAUUGUCGGCGUUUUCAGUAAGAGAGUAUGUUGAAGGGAUGACCGACACUCCAGAGUUAGUUGACGUUCUCGAAAAUUCAUCUAAUGUUGAAGGUGACAAAAAGGUUCCAUACGAAGAAGGUUCAAUCUUUAGUAAUGUAGAUGGUGUAGAAACGCAGGUUAUGAUUUUAGGGCGUCCAUGCUUAAAUAGAGCAAUUCAAGGAGAUGUGGUAGCUGUUCAAUUAUUACCAAAGUCUGAAUGGCUUAGAACUCCUACUGCAGUCGUAGUCGAAGAAGAGGAAGAAGCCAAUGUAACCGCAGAUCUUAAAGAGGAUGGAGAACCUAAAGAACAGAACGACGAUCUGGAAAGUGAGGCUCUUGAAUCAUCACAACCUACAGGAAAAGUCGUAGGAAUUAUUAAAAGGAAUUGGAGACCAUAUUGUGGUUUCAUAAGCAAAAAAUCAGUUAAAAGCUCAGCCACUUCCACCUUUGCGGAAAAUGUAUUGGUAAUUCCUAUGGAUAGGCGCAUACCAUAUAUAUAUAUAAGAACAAGACAGGCUCAAAAUUUAAUGGGACAACGAAUAUUGGUUUCUAUUGAUUCUUGGCCAAAGAAUUCGACAGCGUUGGGUGCUGCAGGAGAUAAAUCCACAGAAACAGAAGUUUUGCUUUUAGAACAUGAUGUGCCAUUUCAGGAAUUUGCUGCUCAGGUUUUGAAUGAUUUGCCGGUUGAAGGUGAAGCAUGGAAAGUUACAGAAGUACAUUUGCCUGGCCGUGCCGACCUAAGGCAUUUGAAUAUCUGUAGUAUUGAUCCUCCAGGAUGUACUGAUAUCGAUGAUGCUUUACAUGUUCGGCCACUUCCGAAUGGAAAUUACGAAGUUGGUGUUCACAUUGCUGAUGUUACACAUUUUGUUAAACCAUUCACCUCAAUGGAUGAGGAAGCUGCAAAUCGCGGAACUACAGUGUAUUUAGUCAAUAAACGUAUCGAUAUGUUACCUGAGUUAUUAGGAACAAAUUUAUGUUCUCUUCGAAGUAAUGUUGAUAGACUUGCAUUUUCUUGUAUUUGGGAACUUACACCCGAAGCAGAAAUAGUGAAUGUAAAUUUCACUAAAAGCGUAAUCUCAUCUAAGGCAUCAUUAACAUAUGAAGAGGCACAAAUGCUUAUCGAUGAUACGCGCAAGCAAGAUGAUUUGACUAAAGGAAUUCGAAUUCUUAACCAAUUGGCUAAAAAACUCCAUAAAAAACGACUGGAUCGAGGUGCUAUAACACUAGCAAGUCCAGAAGUCCGAUUCCAAUUGGAUUUUGAUUCCCAAGAUCCUGUUGAUGUCGAGAUGAAAGAAUUAAGGGAAACGAACGCCCUUGUUGAAGAAUUUAUGUUAUUAGCUAACAUAUCAGUAGCUGAAAAAAUCUUUUCAAAAUUCCCUGCUUCUUCGUUAUUGAGGCGUCAUCCUUCUCCAACACCUACUAAACUUAAGGAAUUAUCUAAUGCAAUAAAUCGAUUUAACUUUUCGUUAGAGUUCGAAACAUCAAAAGCUCUUGCUGAUUCUUUAGAUCGUGCCGUGAUACCCGAUAAUCCAUAUUUUAACAAGUUAUUAAGAAUAUUAACAACGAGAGGCAUGAUGCAAGCUGUUUACUUUUGUUCUGGUACAUUACAGUUUCAAGACUUUAGACAUUACGGUCUUGCAGCAGAAAUAUAUACUCAUUUCACUUCUCCUAUUAGAAGAUAUUCAGAUGUCAUUGUACAUCGGUUGUUACAUGCAGCUAUAAACUCUGAAAAGAACUAUGGUCAGGAGCUGGUAGAUAUAAAUAAGAUGCAGAAACUUUGUGAUGCUUCUCGCAACUCAGUAGAAUUACACACAAAUAUUUUCUUUAAAGGAAAGAUAGAGCAAGAUGAAGGAUAUGUAACACGUGUAUUAAAGAACGGAUUCAUUGUGCUUGUCCCAAAGUAUGGAAUAGAAGGAAUUGUAUAUUCAUCAUCAGCGAACUCAACAGCAAAAUCACCAACUACACCACAGGUCGUUUACAACCCUCAUAACAAUAGUCUUGAAUCCGUGACACCUAGUGGCACAGUAUCCAUUAACUUAUUUGAUAAAGUAAUAGUACAAAUUACUGUAGAUGAAGAUUUAGUUGGUGGUAUGAGACAAAAAAUGAAAAUGGAAUUAGUCAGUCCGUUUAUUCCUGGUUUGAGUGUAUCGGAUAAUAAUUUAAGAAAAAAAGAGGCUCGAAUAGACGAUGAAGGAGGAAAUGGAAAAAGAAUGAGAAUAGAUGAUUAA